AUCAAAGCUCGUUAAUGUGCAGCUAAUUCUAAUGACUUUGUAUGCUGCAGGGUAGCUUGUGAAUUUACUCCAGGUGUAACUAAAGUCUUAUUUAAUUGUUGUUUACAUUUCGCACCCUUAUUCCUAAUCUGAAAAGUAACUAAAAUCAUAAAACAAAUGCAGUAACAAUGCAACAAUGCAAGUAAAAGUACACUAAAUAGGCCUAGGCCUACCUUUCAUUUGUAUUGGGGUAGAAGUACAAAGUAGCAAGAAAUGGGAAAAAGUGCCUCGAAAUUGAACUAAAGUACAGUAGGCCUACUUGAGUAAAUCUACGGAGUUACUUUACACCAAUGCUGAAAAUAAAACAUUUUACCAAAACAACCACAAUAGACCAACUUUUACCCAUCCAACCAGCGCCUGCCCAGCUCCCUGCUACGACUUCCGUCUUUUUAUCGUCGCCAUUUUCGACUGAGAGUUGGCUUGUUUGUAAUGGAUAGCGUUAGCUAGCAGGCUAGCCUGACCACCAGAUCAAACACAAGACUAACUUGACUUAGUCAGAGAACUGGGUGGUCCUGACAGUUAUUCGUGUAUAUUGUUUUCAUUUGAUGUGCACCCCUCUGUCCUGCCCUUCCCUCCUCAAGCUAAGUUGGCUAACUGCAGCUGAUACAGCUAACAGACUAGCUUAGUGAGCUAGCUGUGGAGCAUCAGCACCGGCUCAGAGGAGAGUGAACAUCACCCUAUACCUGCCCGUCCCGAUCAGCCGAUCAACUUCUUUGUUGGCCCUUUAUGUAUUGAGGCAACCGGCGAUAGCUAGCCUACAGUCGUAUCCUAAGGAGAGAUGUAUCAACUUCCAGUGAAUAACCUUGCAAGGCUCAGGAAAGCUAGGAAACAUGUGAAAAGAGCUCUUGGCGACAUUGGACUAGAGUACUGUAAGGAGGCAGCAGAGGAGUUUAAAGAGUUUUGCCCUGAUGAGCAAUAUGUACAGGCCAGUCUUUGCCUUAAUAUCUGCUCAUGGGAUCCAUCAUAUUCUAAAACACAGGAAUACAGAUCGAAGCCAUUCUGCUGCACGGAGUGCCCGUUUUCCUCCAAGUACUACUCGGGCUACAAAAAUCACUUCCGCAAUGUACACAGAAAGAUCUUUGACGGUAAAAUUCAGCUCAACUGUCCUUACUGCUCAUUCACUGCAAGCAAAAAGACAUUGGAGACUCAUGUUAAAAUAUUCCACAUACCCAAAGCAGCACAGCAAAAUUAUGGGAACCCACAGGGAGCUGUGCUGGGAAAGAACAACAAAGUGCAAAUUGAUAGGGUGAGACAGGGAGAUGGUGUGGAGAAAGCAAUGUACUUUUGCAAAAAGUGCACGUUCCGGGACACUCUUUACAAUGUAGUGAGACGGCACAUCUACAGGGAACAUUUUCAGCAUAUUGUGUCACCAUAUCUUGGUAUGGUUUCUGAUUCAUCUGUCAAAAAAGGUGCUAAUUCUGUCAAUGGCAACAACAUCCUCUGUAAACGCUGCCCGUUUACCACUCGUAGUUAUGAAGCUUUAGUGCAGCAUGUUGUAGAGUACCAUGAGCGCAUUGGUGCUCAAGUAACAACUAUGAUUGGACAUGCUAAUGUUAUUGUCUCCAGGCCUCAAUCCUUGCCAGCUGCUUCUCAGAAGUCCCCUGUGAUCAUUAGGGGCCAAACACUUAGAAUUGAACCAAUAGCACAAUCAGUGAUUGGCUAUUUAAAGCCAAUAGCCCCUGUUGUUAAAAGUCAGUACUCCAUCGCAUCCGGUAGGAUGCGUAUCACACUUCCUGGGAAUAGCACUGUGGCUGGAAAUAAUGCUGGUUCAAACACAUCGCAGACACAGAAGUGGAAGAUAUGUACAGUUUGCAAUGAGCUUUUUCCUGAAAACCUCUACAGUGCUCAUUUUGAGAAUGCACACAAGGCAAAGAAAGUAUGGGCACUGGCCAAGUACAUCAUGAAAAUCCACAACUUCACCAGCAAGUGUAUGGUUUGCAACCGCUAUCUGCCCAGUGACACACUGCUUAACCACAUGCUAAUCCACGGGCUCACCUGUCCGCAGUGCCACGCUGCUUUCCACAAUGUUGAGAAGAUCAUUGAACACGUCGCCCAGGCUCAUUCUGAUGACUUUGUUGGACCCCCAGGUGCAUCACCUCUAACUUUUGAUCUCACCAUUAAACAAGAUAAGUCCAUAAACGUACAGCUUGUUGUGCUCACGUUCAACAUGAAGGAAUCGAGUCAAGAUCAGUCUGCUCAGAAAGUUUCAAGGCUGGCCAAGCUAACUCAUCCGAGAAUGAUUGAAAAGAAAAGUGAACAACUUGUUCGAAACUUUGCCGGACUGAGCAAGAAGACUGAGGUCGGGAAGACUUUGUGUCCGCUCUGUUUCACCAUCCUCAAAGGUCCCAUCUCCGAGGCUUUGGCCAUGCAUCUGAGGGAGCGACACCAAGUGCUCCAAACAAUGCAUCCUGUUGAAAAAAAGAUGACAUACAAGUGCAUUCAUUGCCUGGGUGUGUACACCAGUAACAUGGUGGCUUCCACAAUCACGCUGCAUCUUGUGCAGUGCAGAGCUGUUGGUAGGAACCAGGCAAGCCAAGGCUUCAAGUCCGCCUUGACGCUCAACUCCUCCGGGGCUGGCUUCCUCAAGAGGCAGCCACCAACUCAGGCCUCAACCGACCCCAAGAAGAUGAAACUGAGCAAGGAGUCAAAUAUUUCCUCCACAACUGUUGGAAAUCAGUCCGUACUUGACGGCCUCGCUCUGGAUCCUGGAAGCUACGAGCACAAGACUUACGAGGCCCGGAAAGAUUUUCUGACAGCCUACUUCAACCGGCGACCAUACCUCUCUACUUGGGAAGAGGAGACGCUGUCUGCAAGUCUGUGGCUCUGGAAAUCUGACAUUGCUAGUCACUUCGCAAACAAGCGAAGGAUGUGCGAAAGACACUGCGAGUCCAAGAAGCUGUCUGUCCUGCUCGGCUUUGACAUGCACGCUGUAAAGAAAGUUAAGCAUGACUUGGAGUUUGUGGAAAGCACGAUUACUGGCACCUUCACGGGGAGAUCUGGAGGCCUCAAGUCUGGUACUCCAAGCACAGACCAAAACAAGCAGAGUGAGACCCUAAAAUGUACCUUAAAACUCAGUACAUGCACAGAGACUAUUUCCAUUGACUCAGACAGUGAAACAGAAACAGUAGAUAAACCUACUGAGAAUGGAAAUGUUGACACUAACCAAGAUGAGAAUGGAAAUGUUGACACUAACCAAGAAGAGAAUGGAGAUGUUGACACUAACCAAGAAGAGAAUGGAGAUGUUGACACUAACCAAGAAGAGAAUGGAGAUGUUGACACUAACCAAGAUGAGAAUGGAAAUGUUGACACUAACCAAGAAGAGAAUGGAGAUGUUGACACUAACCAAGAUGAGAAUGGAGAUGUUGACACUAACCAAGAUGAGAAUGGAAAUGUUGACUCUAACCAAGAUGAGAAUGGAGAUGUUGACUCUAACCAAGAUGAGAAUGGAGAUGUUGACUCUAACCAAGAUGAGAAUGGAGAUGUUGACUCUAACCAAGAUGAGAAUGGAGAUGUUGACUCUAACCAAGAUGAGAAUGUACCAUCUGAGGAUCCAGCAAACCUGACAGAAGAGGCUGAACCUUUGAACACUGACGACCCCUCUAGUGAAAAGGAAAGCUCUUUGCCAGAUGAGAAAGCAAAUGCUAUGAUGACUUUGUGUUAGUGUCGCUGCUUAGAAGUGUGCCUUGUAAACAGUAUUCAAGGCAAACAAAAAGAACAGUUCUAAAGAUGGUUACUAAUCACAAAUAUUUGGUCAAAUGGCAUGAGUGACUAAAAGGAAACAUUUUGAUUUUGGGUGGGGGGGAAUGACAUAUAGUGCAUACAUAUAUGGCAUAUGUAAUUGACAUUGUAUAUAUUUUAGCCAUUAUUCUUUUGAUAGUUACCUCCUAUGUUAUUCACCUUAACUGUCCCAAGAUUGGUUAAAUGAUUAUUCAAACUUCCCCUCUUACAUAUUUUCUUUGUUGGGACAGAAAACUGUAUCAUGUUAUUUCACAUUUAGAACGUGUAGGAUAUGCUAAAUGCUCAUGUACAUGUUUUAAUAAAUAUGUUUGUUAAAUAAAAACAUUUAAAGUCUGUUACAAGUUUUGAUUCAGGUC